CUAACGAGCAACUAUAAGAGAUAAUUAAGAGAAAAAUAUGCCUAGUCACAAUUAGUGAAUACAGCAGUCUGUUACAGUUAGAUAUAAAAUUUACAAGAUGAAGCUGUUAAUAGCAUCUACAGUAGCUUUGGUACUUCUCCAACAAAUAUCUGCUAAGUUUCCUAAAUAUGACAGAACAAAAAUUCAUCAAAACGGGCCUUUUAAAGCACCAACUGGCCAAUUAAUAUUAACUGAUUACAUUGCCGAAAACAAAAUAAAUGAAGCAAGAAAUGCUUCUCAGGUUAACUACGCUGGAUUUCAAAACGUUUCCAGUUAUGCUGGAUAUUUUACCGUAGACAAGACCUACAACUCAAACUUAUUUUUCUGGUAUUUCCCUGCCCAAAACAAUUUUGACGAAGCCCCUGUAGUUCUAUGGCUUCAAGGAGGACCUGGAUCCCCAAGUUUAUACGGACUCUUUGAGGAACACGGUCCUUUUAUUGUUGACAAAGAUCUUAACGUUAGUCUAAGAGAAUAUUCCUGGCACAAGGAUCAUUCUAUUCUUUACAUUGACAGUCCCGCUGGCACUGGUUUCAGUUAUACAUCAGGGGGAUUCGCCCAAAACGAAACAAAAGUUGGAGCAGACUUAUAUUCAGCUUUGAUUCAAUUCUUUACAGUAUUUCCAGAACUUGCGGAAAAGCCUUUCUUUAUUUCUGGCGAAUCGUACGGAGGAAAGUACGUUCCAGCUCUCAGUUACACUAUCCAUCAAAAUAAUCCUACUGCUGACUUAAAAAUUAAAUUCCAAGGAGCUUUAAUUGGCAAUGGAUGGAGUGAUCCAGAAAACAUGUUUCUUUACAGCGACUUUGUUUAUCAACUAGGUUUAAUUGAUAUAAACACUAGAGAUGAAAUAAAAGCCGUUGAAGCUGAAGCAGUUCAACUGAUCCGUGAGGGAAACUUUACACAGGCUACACAAAAAUUCCAAGAUAUUAUCCUAGGCGGUGACGAUUCUAUUUACCAGAAAAAUACAGGGUUGUCAAAUAUCUACAAUUACGUAAAUGACAACGAAGAGCCAUCUUAUUGGGAGAGUCUUAUUUCCCAAGACGAAGUAAGUCAAGCUUUGCAUGUCGGUACAGCAGAGUUUGGAGAACAAUCUGGUCUCGUCUACGAUUACCUUUGGGACGACAUCACUGUCAGCGUUGCCCCUUGGAUUGCUGAACUUCUCGGCCACCACAGAUUUCUUAUUUUCAACGGUCAGCUAGACGUAAUAGUUAGUUAUCCUUUGACUGUUAAUUAUUUGCAAAGAUUAAACUUUUCCUCGGCUGAAGAAUACAAAGUUGCUGAGAGGGGCAUAUGGAAAGUGGACGGCAAAGUUGCUGGAUAUGUCAAAACAGCAGGAAACUUGACCGAAGCUUUGGUUAGAGAUGCCAGUCACAUGGUACCAAUAGAACAACCAGCGGCGGCUUACGAUCUACUAUACAAAUUUGUUAGAAAUUUGCCAUUAGUUUAAUUUAUUCAUUAUGUUAAUUGUGUUUUAAUAAAAAAAAUAAUUUAUAACAU